UUGAUCGCGCAAAACACAUCCAUCAGCAACAGCAUCCCAUCCAUGGCCAAACUUGAGACACCGCUGUAGUCACUCUCGCCGCUACACUCACAUUCAUCGCCGCUACCUCCCCAUGCUCCGCCAACACAGCGCGCGCCAUGCAUCGCGAUGGGGACGGCGGGCCUCGCGCUCGCUGCUCCUCCCCGCCCCGUCGCCGUUCCGCCUCCUCAAACUUGACACUCCGACGAUUGCGCUCACAUGCCCGCCACUUUCCCACCCUUCCGCAUCAGCCGCAUCUUUCUCUCUCCCCUCAUUUUCGUCACCGCCUCUCGCAAUGAUCUCGUCUAGCGGAUCAGCAAGCAGGCUGUUGUCUCAGUCCUCCGCGGCAUCAUUACAAUCACAUCCGAUCCAUGCCUCCCGAUCCACAUCCCCUUCCACGUCGUCCAGUCCCGCCGCAUCCGGUGCCGGCGCAGCCGCCGUCGCGCCGCCGCCGCCGGGAGGCGGAUCGAAGGGAUUCGGGGCUGGCGGCGCCGCGGUUGCUGCGGCGGCGGUGACAGGCGGCGCGUGGUACUUGUGGCGGCAACAGGAGGAGCAGCGGGAGACGGAACGGGUGGUGAAAGCGACGCAGCAGCAGCAUCCGGCGCUAACUGUGGCACCGUUGGCGGAGGCGGGAGGGGAAGAGGAACGAGUCGGGGAGAGGGGAAAUGGCGGCGCGGCGGAGAGAGGCGCGGAUCAGCGCGAGCAGGCGGUUGGGACGGGGGAAGGGGACAGUUUGGCGCAGGAAGGACGCGUGGAGAUAAGUGGCGCGAAGGGAGGAGUCGCAGGUGCGGGGAAGGAGGCGCGGAGAGUGACGGAAAAGAGCGGAGAGGCGGAAGAAGUCCCCCCGGCGACGUCAGUGGCGCAAGUAGUGGGGGAAAAGAGGGGAGCUCUGUGGAAAGAUGAAGGGGUUGCAGAUGGCGCGAGUGGGGGGGAGGGUUCGCGGAAGGCGGAACAGGCGCGGGAAGGAGAGGGGAAGUCGGAAGAAAUGAGCGGAGGGGAGGAGAAUGGAGGAGACGUGUUGUUGGGGGGGAGGGGGGGGGAGGGAGAUGGAGUAAAAAGGACGACAGAGGAGGCACAAGGCAGAGACAUCUCUAUUGCUGAGGCAGCGCUUCUGGCGCAGCUGCCAGCGCAGCUGCUGGUGGGUGUGAUGGAUGAGGCGAGGCGGCGGCAGCAGGCUGCUGAUGAGGCGGCCACGGAGGAAAGGCUCCGACAGGCGCAGGAAGCCCACGAGCACGCAGUGCUGGCGCUGCAGCAGCAGUUGCAGGGCGUGGAGGCGCGGCUGGAGGCUGUGAGAGCAGCACGGGAGAGGGAGAGGGCGAAGAUGCAGGCGGAGGCAGAGCGGGUGAAGCAGUGUAUGGUGGAGAGGCAUGAGAGGACAAUGAAGGACAAGGAGGAGGAGGGCUUAGCCAUGGCAGCAGAGGCAGGCGUGCUGGCAGAGGCGAGGGCCGUGGCGGGCAUGGCGGCUGCUGUGGCACGGCAGACAGAGGAGGUGGAGCGACUCAAGCUGCAGCUGGCAGCGCUGCAUGAGGCCUUCCGCACUCGGUCGGAGGAGGAGAGGAAACGACACGCCGGCCACUCCCUUGCCAUGCUCUGCUUUGCUCUAGAGGAUGCUGCUCUGAAUGGCACCCCCCUAUCCUUGCCCCUCGCACCCCUGCAACCCGCCUCCAUCUCCCUCCCUCCAUCCUCUCACCAAGUCACUGAUGCACCUGCAACUCAUGGUUCCAGCACCAGUGGCAGCACAGACGCAGAGGUAGUAGCAGGAGAGUCACCAGCAUCAGAUGCUCUCGUGCAUGCUGUGCUGGCCUCGCUGCCUGCCCCUGCUGCUGACCAGGGCGUGCCCACGCCAGCUCAGCUGCGGCAGCAGCUGACUGCGCUGCGGCUGUCGCUGAGUCAGCUGGGGCUCAUGCCAUCUCAGGGCGCCGGCGUGGUGGCACAUGCCUUGGCAUUUCUGGCGGCAAUGGUCAAGCUGCCUGAAACAGGAACGCAGCUGCCUGGCGGUGGCGUGGAGGCAGCAGUGGCUCGGGCCGAAGCUCUGAUGCAGGCUGGGCAGCUGCAAGCAGCAGCAGAGGCAUUGGAGGGGGCGCUUGAGGAGGAGGGCUUAGCCAUGGCAGCAGAGGCAGGCGUGCUGGCAGAGGCGAGGGCCGUGGCGGGCAUGGCGGCUGCUGUGGCACGGCAGACAGAGGAGGUGGAGCGACUCAAGCUGCAGCUGGCAGCGCUGCAUGAGGCCUUCCGCACUCGGUCGGAGGAGGAGAGGAAACGACACGCCGGCCACUCCCUUGCCAUGCUCUGCUUUGCUCUAGAGGAUGCUGCUCUGAAUGGCACCCCCCUAUCCUUGCCCCUCGCACCCCUGCAACCCGCCUCCAUCUCCCUCCCUCCAUCCUCUCACCAAGUCACUGAUGCACCUGCAACUCAUGGUUCCAGCACCAGUGGCAGCACAGACGCAGAGGUAGUAGCAGGAGAGUCACCAGCAUCAGAUGCUCUCGUGCAUGCUGUGCUGGCCUCGCUGCCUGCCCCUGCUGCUGACCAGGGCGUGCCCACGCCAGCUCAGCUGCGGCAGCAGCUGACUGCGCUGCGGCUGUCGCUGAGUCAGCUGGGGCUCAUGCCAUCUCAGGGCGCCGGCGUGGUGGCACAUGCCUUGGCAUUUCUGGCGGCAAUGGUCAAGACACCACCACCCAGCAGGUAAACAGCCAGACUCCACCACCACAUUAUAGAAUCGCCCUUAGUAUUUUGUCCUCCCUUCACCUGUUAGGGGUCUCCGGUAUUUUAGGUGCGCUCCUAUCAAUCUUGCCCUACACGAGCCAGUCAUGAGCAGCGAACCUUCACAAUUCAAGCCAGAGAAGCCUGGUGACACGGGGAACAGCUACGGAGAGGUUGAUAUGUCAGCUCCGAUCUACCAAGACGACCUGGACCGCGCGGGAGGGUUUGGAACCCGCGAUGCCAUUGGCACACCAUUUCCUGAGGCUGUAGAUGCCACUGAUUUUGAAGAAGCUGUUGGAGAGCCCGUGGAUGCUGCUGAGACUCAACCUACCGUCCCACACAUCGGCAUUGGCUACGACGAUGACCAAGCUGAGGCUUCUAUUGGUCAGGAGCCGAAUGACUUGUCAUAUCAAACGCUGAACGACUACUUCGUGCCGGCGUCCGGACAGACUCAGGGUAUUCCGAUGUUGAGGCCUCCUGGGACCGAUGCAGUGCCGAGGAUUGAUGCCUGUUUCGCCUAGUUUUACGUUCCGUUUUCCCAGCAUGUUCGCCGCUUUCGUCCGUUCAUCCGCUCAGCAGCAGUCCAAGUCUUGCUUCUUCGCCACACUUAGGAGUUGUCAUUCCGCAUGGGCGUCUGUGCAUGUUCUGCAGGUAAUGCAAAAUCGAAGUAAGGCUUGCGGUGCUUUCAAGAUGCAAGCCAUCACACUGUGAGACUCAGAGGUUUGCUCACGUGUACAUUUCUGCAGGGAUCCUGCUACAUAUUUAGAACACUGAUAGGCUGUGUGAUGGCUUGAGGUCUUCAAUUCUUCUGGCCGUCCUUGUUGCUUGUAUAUUAUCAAAGUUGCAGUGAUGGAUCUGCGGGGUCACUCUGUCUGUCCGCUCAUUUAUACCAG